AUGGCUAAGCAAAAGAUUGCGUCGUUGGAACAGGAAAUGGCCUCCCGGAAUGAAGAGCUGAUCCAACUGCACACGGAUUUAGAGCGAGAGAAGGCAGUACGCACAGACGAGCGCCGUCUCUUGGACAUACGCACGCGGGAAUUACAGGAUGCGCAUGCUUAUUCGAUGAUAAGCGAUUCCUUGUCUAGUGCCGAGCUCGUCGCAAAGGUUGAAUCCUUAAAUGCGGAGGUAUACCAGGUAUCAGCAUACAUGGUAGAUUCCAUGACAUUCGGCACCAGGAACGAUUUCGAGAAUGCUCGGGCAGAGGCCGUGCAUUACUUUGGAAGCUACAUCAUCGAUCUGCUGUGUUCCCCCAUGAAUGAAGAGACGCGCAUUCAGGUUGUUCAGAUCGCAGUGCAAGCGUCGUUGAUUCAAACUUGCGCAGACUUCAUCUCUAUGUGGCACACGGAAAGACGCACGGACGCAAAUCUGAGCCGUCUAUAUGCACAAAUCCGAGCGACGAAUACACAGGUGGUCGCAGGCCGGUGGAGGGCAAUGACUCGAUCUGGGUUGAAGUACGAGUUCCUUGCCGACGUCAAGAAAGAAUGGAUAAACAUUAUUGUCAGAAAACUGGCGAUCCUUUUCAUCUUCGCCGGAUGGACUAGCGUCGGUACAGAUCCGAGCUGGGACGCUUGUACGUCCUUUCUGGUGGGAAAAUACGGGGAGAGGAUAGAAGAGGUCGUCCAUUUAGCCAUAGAUCUCGACAGAGGGAUGGGAGAGAGCGUCGUAUCAGGAGAUAUCGUUGUUUUCUCCGUCAGCCGAGGAAGUACCUUCGUGCCAGAUACGAUGGAGAAUGGUGAUGGGGAACGCGCGGUCCUGGACUCAGAUCACGUUCUCUGCACCUGCGAGCUAGGAUUGAAGGUUUCGCGGUCGGUGGAAAAGAAUGGUUACUCAGAAAAGCCGUUGACCAUCCUCAUUAAGCCGAAGGUGAUCCUCUACUCGACGAUAUCAGAGAUAAUACACAGAAUGUAA